AGUUUAUUAUUUUUGUUAAAUAUUUUUUAAAUUUUUAUUUCAAAGCCAAGGGACUCCCAUUUCGGUAUCCGAAAAUAGCGAUUACAGUCAGGCCACUCAUAGAUUAAAGAACUCUGAUCAUUAUCUGGCCCAGCGAUUGAUGGUAUGGCCCUUCACGCCUGCCAAAACCACAAAAGACGCAUAUAUGUAUAUAUACGAGUAUAUAUAUAUUUCUGUAUUUCUAAACUCACACUCGACAAAACUUGAACACACGACACGGGGCUGCAGGGCGAUAAAAUGCAGUGUCAAUUGAAGUGCUUGAUUAGGCGAUUUGCGAGCGAUUCGCCAGCGAUUUCCAACGCCUGCAAUUAGAGACGGCGGCGCACUGCAAAAUAUAUGGAAAUGGCUGGCAGGGGCGUUGGUUUACUGAGGGGUUUUCCUCGUUUCUGUCAUUCACAAGCAUCGCGGGGUGGUGCUUGAAAAAUGAUUUACACGCGCAAAUCAUAAAUUAUGCCCAUUUCAAGUGGCCCGUUAUGCCGGAGAAUCCAUGACAAAUGCAGAUGACGCCCAAGCACCGAUGACGAUGGCGAUUGCAAUGCCAUCUAAUGGCUGAUAUGAUGGUGAUUGUCAUUGCGGGUUUGAUUGAGAUUUUUAUUGGGGAUUGGGAUUUGGAUGCUGCUAGUGCCGAUGAUUGUUGUAAAAAUGACGCAUGUUAGCACUGACCCCAACCGAAGCCAUUGUCUGCUGGCUGCGGUUUUCCGCCGCCUCUUAUCAGCGACGUCAGUCAACUCUACUCUAACCAAGCCAAUGAAAUCAAAUCCACGACACUCCAAUUCAAUUUCGAAUUUCACACCACUUUCAAUCGGACACACACACCUGGUCUGAUUGAAAGCGGCGACACUUUCAAUGCUAAUGAGCUGCGAUUCCGUUUACCAAUCGCCCAAAGGCAAUUCAGUUCGCAUUGGUCUUCGCUGGGCAUCACACCGUAAAACCUUCCGGGUCUCAAAAAAAUAAAAAGAAAUUAGUAUUGGCAAAAUACCCUAUAGAUACCUGGAUUGAGUUUCGGUGGGCCCAUGCAGAACGUCACGACUGUCGUACGAUUAUCGCACCAUUUUCACGUCCGGUUGUCCAGCCUAAUUAAAAUAUAUCUUUGUUUUUCGCACUGAUAAACGCGGUGGCAACGCAAAAAGGAAGUCUAGAUAAAGUCUGAAGAACGUAUUUCGGCACAGUACGAUGUUUAAAAGUGAUCUCUGUGUGCUGAUUGUGAUCUCCUUGGCGUUUUCCUUGCAUUCAGGCCAAUCCCUGGAGGCCAAGUGCGAUGAGAAGCAGUUCCAGUGCCACAGCGGCGACUGCAUUCCCAUUCGAUUCGUUUGCGACGGCGAUGCGGACUGCAAGGAUCACAGCGAUGAGCAGAUUAAGGAGUGCAAGUUUAUAGAGGCCACUUGCUCGUCGGACCAAUUCCGCUGCGGGAAUGGCAACUGCAUACCGAACAAAUGGCGCUGCGAUCAGGAGAGCGAUUGUGCCGAUGGCUCCGAUGAAGCCAACGAAUUGUGCAGAGCUCGAACCUGUUCGCCGGAUGAGUACGCCUGCAAGAGUGGCGAGGGGCAAUGUGUUCCUUUGGCCUGGAUGUGCGACCAGAGCAAGGACUGCAGCGAUGGCUCCGAUGAGCACAACUGCAACCAGACCUGUCGUGCCGACGAGUUUACCUGCGGCAAUGGCCGGUGCAUCCAGAAGCGCUGGAAGUGCGACCACGACGACGACUGCGGCGACGGUACCGACGAGAAGGAGUGCCCAGUGGUGCCCUGCGACUCCGUGGCGGAGCACACCUGCACGAAUGGAGCCUGCAUUGCCAAGCGGUGGGUCUGCGAUGGUGAUCCGGACUGCUCCGAUGGCUCCGAUGAGCGGUCCUGUGCGAAUGUGACCAAGACGACCACGCCCUGUUUGUCGCACGAGUAUCAGUGCAAGGAUCGCAUCACCUGCCUGCAUCACAGCUGGCUCUGCGAUGGUGACCGCGACUGUCCCGACGGCGACGAUGAGCACACGGCCAACUGCAAGAACGUCACCUGCCGGGCGGACCAGUUCCAGUGCGGCGAUCGCAGCUGCAUUCCAGGACAUCUCACCUGCAACGGCGACAAGGACUGCGCCGAUGGCAGCGACGAGCGGGAUUGCGGUUUGAGUCUCAGUCUGGGCGUCAACCAAGGUGGAUGCAACGCAACCAGCGAAUUCGACUGCGGUGGUGGUCAGUGCAUCGCCAUCUCGAAGGUGUGCGACAAGAGGAAGGACUGUCCGGAUGGCGAGGAUGAGCCGGCUGGCAAGUGCGGGAUAAACGAGUGCGCCUCGAAGAACGGCGGCUGCAUGCACCAGUGCAUCGAUCUGAAGGUGGGCCACCACUGCGAGUGCCACGAGGGCUACCAGUUGUCGCCGGACAAGCGCAACUGCCUGGACAUCAAUGAGUGCGAUGUCCCCGGCAAGUGCUCUCAGAUAUGCGUGAACGAAAUCGGGGGCUUCAAGUGUGAGUGCGAGGCGGGCUACAUGAGGGACCCCAAAAAUCACACCAGAUGCAAGGCCAGCGAAGGACAUGCCUCCCUGCUCCUGGCCAGACGCCAUGACAUCCGCAAGAUAGCACUCGACCACAUGGAAAUGACCUCCAUAGUGAAUAGUACAAAGGCAGCCACCGCCCUGGACUUUGUGUUCCGCACAGGCAUGAUCUUCUGGAGCGAUGUGACCACCCAGAGUAUAUACAAAGCACCGAUUGAUGAGGGCAACGAAAAGACAGUGGUGCUGACCAAAUCCUCGGUGACCUCGGAUGGCCUGGCUGUGGACUGGAUCUACAACCAUGUCUACUUUACGGACACCCACAAGUGCACCAUCGAACUGACCAACUUCGAGGGCAGCAUGGGCAAGGUCCUGGUGAAGGACUCCCUGGACAUUCCGCGUUCCAUCGCCUUGGAUCCCAUCGAGGGCUGGAUGUACUGGUCCGACUGGGGCGCCUCUCCGCGCAUCGAAAGGGCGGGCAUGGAUGGCUCCCACCGCACCACCAUCAUCAGCUACGACGUCAAGUGGCCCAAUGGCAUCACUUUGGAUCUGGUGAAGAAGCGCAUCUACUGGGUAGAUGGCAAGCUAAACGUCAUCUCGUCGGCGAACUAUGAUGGCUCGCAACGGAGCCAGGUGCUCUACUCCGGCGAAUACCUGCGACAUCCCUUCUCGAUCACCACCUUCGAGGACAGCGUCUACUGGACCGACUGGGACAAGCAGGCCGUCUUCAAGGCGAACAAGUUCACUGGGGAGGAUGUGGAGCCUGUCACCGCAAUGCAUAUGCUCCAGCAUCCGAUGGUGGUGCAUGUGUACCAUCCUUACCGCCAGCCGGAUGGCGUGAAUCACUGCCAGUCGGUGAAUGGCCACUGUUCUCAUCUCUGCCUGCCAGCUCCCAGGAUCAAUGAGAGGAGUCCUCGCAUAUCCUGCGCCUGUCCCACAGGCCUGAAGCUGAUGGCCGAUGGCCUCAUGUGCGUCGAGGAUCCACUUUAUUUGCCUCCAGUCACGAGACCACCGCGAGCCCGCAAAACGAAACCGAGGGCAAAAUCCCCGAGGAGGCGACUGCCCACGGGUGUCCAAGUGGGUCAUGUUGACACUCGGAAAGAAAUUAACGAUGAUCUCCAGCUGAGCACCAGGCUGCCCCUGUUGCCCGCGACUUUCGUUGCCGACCAGCGUCCAGUGAAAAACCAUACUCAAAUCGAAAAGACCACAACGCCCAGUGAGCAGCCGGAUUCCGGCUUUAUUGCACUGGUGGUCAUAGCCAGUCUCAGUGGAUUCGCAGUCCUGCUAUCGGUGCUCCUGCUCAUUGGCUACCGCUACUGCAGCAAGCGACGCAUCAACUCGAUGAACUUCGAGAAUCCCAUCUACCGCAAGACCACCACCACAGAGGAUCACUUCAGUUUGCGCAAAAACCUGCCGGCGCGGAUCUACGACCACACCAGUGUCAUGGAUGAGGAGUACUCACCUGUCAUAGGCAUAUCCUCGUAUUAGAUGGAUUCCUCCGGAAUCGUGUGAAAUGUGGAUUGGAUGAUUGUUGCGCUUGGUCGCUGGGAAAAUUGGAUGACCAAUGCCAAACUCGAGACCCGCGGCAGAAACACACACGCCUGAAGACUGAGCAACUCUGUGUAUUGUGUAAAUUAAUUAUUUUAAAAUUUUAAGGCACGGCAAGGACGGCGGGUCACCUUGGAGCGCAUCCUCAAAGGAUGCUGUACAAAAUACUAUGUCGCAGAGUUCUAUCACAAAAAAAAAAAAAAACACACAAAAAAAUGAAACAGAAAUAGUUACGAAAAAACGUAAAAGAAAACGAGAAAUCUAAUUGCUAAUUAUAAAUUACAUAGUUCCAAACUGUAUAUAGCUGUAAGUGUGCAUUAUUUUUAAAUGAAAGCAAAUUAAUAUUACUAUACGUAAACAUGACAAAAAGAUCAUUGAUUGCUGAUGGUCUACUAUUAGAGCGAGUUGAGAAAUUAUAUUUCUGUUGACGUGGAGCAGAGUCGUUUUAUUAUUAUAAAAUUAUUACUACAUACGUAUUAGCCUUUUGUUAACUAUAUUUGUUAAGUGUACAUACAUAUGUAUAUGUUUCCCCACUAAAAAGAAAAUACGAUGAAUAAUAAACUCAGAAUAUACUUAUGUGUAGCGUA